AUGGGCAGAAAAUGCUCACAUUGUGGAAACAUAGGUCAUAAUUCCAGGACCUGCUCAUCCUUCAGAGCAACUUUUGUAGGAGUUCGUCUAUUUGGGGUUCAACUAGACAUAUCAAGCUCUUCUGCUCUCACCAUGAAGAAAAGCUUCAGCAUGGAUUCCUUGCCCUUAUUAUCUUCUCCAUCUUCCUCCUUUUCUUCCUCAAGAAUCUCCGUUGACGACCAUUCUGAUAAAACCUCUAUUGGAUAUCGAUCAGAUUCAGAUGGCUUCAUUGUUCGAGCACAAGAUAGGAAGAAAGGAGUGCCAUGGACAGAAGAAGAGCACCGAACAUUUCUUGUUGGACUUGAGAAGCUGGGGAAAGGUGAUUGGAGGGGUAUCUCCAGAAACUAUGUGACUACAAGAACCCCAACACAAGUUGCUAGCCAUGCCCAGAAGUACUUUAUUCGGCUUGCAACCUUGAAUAAGAAAAAGAGACGUUCAAGUCUUUUUGACUUGGUUGGUAGCGGCGGCUCUAACUGCAAGCAAGGUGUUUUGAUUUGUCCUAUUAAAUCCCAAUGUGAAAUUGAGAACGAUGUCACCUUGUCACUUCUUCAAUUACAAGAAACCAAGUCAGAUGAGCAGAAAGAUAGUGAUACUUGUGGUCAAGCUCAACCUGGUGCAGAUCAUGAAGCUGCUAUGGGGCUUCAUCCUCAGAUGAAAUCUUCAAAUAGUAAUAUUGCAGCAGUUCCUGAUCUGGAACUCACUCUUUCAGUCUCCAAGGGCAAGGCUAAGACCAUGGAACAAACUAAAUCAACCCCGGGUUCUUUCUUUCUUGGUCCAAUUAGCGUGACUUAA